AUGGAGCUCUCCGACAUCUUUCGCAUUGUCAACUUGGCUGUUGGUGCCAUUACCGUUCUCGGCGGUAUCUUUGGUUUCUUCAGUGGUGGACUGCGCGCGAUUGUCCUCAGCAUCUACAUGAUCAUUUUCGGUCUUUCCGUUGGCCUCCUCGAGUUCCAGAUCCCUCCGCAGGUGUCCCGUUACGCCAACUUUCUCUUCUCCUUUGUCGGCCGUGGUGUCUUCUACGUCUUCCUCGGCUGCCUCCUUCUCGGUGAAAAGAUUAUUAGCAAUAUCGCGGGUGGUGUUGUGGGUGUUAUCGGCAUCGCCUACAUUGCUCUCGAGUUUGUCCCAUCCAUCGAACCCCCUGCCAACAUGCGCGAGGCCGAUGCUGCUGGCUGGGGCGCCGAGCAGGUCUAA